AUGAACCUUCCGCUUGCAUGUUUAAUUGGACGUGAUAUUCUUGCAAUGCAUGGAGGCAUUAGUCCAAAACUACGGUCACUGCAGGAUAUACGUGAGAUUGCACGUCCCAUUGAUGAGUUCAUGAAAGGGACUCUAGCAUGCGAUUUGGUUUGGUCUCAUCCAGACACGCUGAAUAAAGCUCCUUUACACGGGUAUGCCCGCUGGGCUGAUGGCCUUCUCAUCACCCUGUUUUCCGCACCAGCUUACAAAGGAAGCUCGGAAGAUACAGUGAACUUAGGAGCAUGCAUUGAAGUGCCUGUAAGCGGAGAUCUCGUCGUGAAACAGGUUGGGAAUCAGUGCCAAAUUUGCGGAACCAAAUAA